CGUCCGGAACACACACACGUCGUCUUUGGAGUAGUUGUAGUUCGGGAACAAUAAACCGGUUCCACUGGUCUUCAGGGGGGAACCUCCGCUGUCAUCCCGGAAGACUCACCACAUUGUCGCCUUGGAGGAAGUUGAACAGCUGUGCGCGCGUGUAAUUUGGGAGCCAAUCAAGCAGCCAUGGACACGUUUAUGAAGGGGCUCUCCAAAGCCAAGGAGGGGGUCGCGGCGGCGGCGGAGAAAACCAAGCAGGGAGUGACUGGAGCGGCUGAGAUGACGAAAGAUGGGGUCAUGUUUGUCGGUACCAAAACAAAGGAUGGAGUCACAACAGUUGCAGGUAAAACUGUGUCUGGAGUGUCUCAGGUGGGUGGAGCUGUGGUUACUGGAGUUACAGCUGUGGCCCAGAAAACUGUGGAGGGCGCAGGCAAUAUUGUCGCUGCCACCGGAUUGGUCAAGAAGGAUCCAGCCAAACAAGGAGAUGACGCCUCAGCAGUACAGAACAUGGCAGAGUCACCGAUCGAUUCUGACCCUGCUGACGCCACGGAGGAGGACACUGACGACUAAACUGACGGAGAGCCUCACAAUCAAAGAUCAACGACCGAAAAACAUUCCAUGUCGCUCUGCCAAGUCCCGCUGUGCCUCGUUUCUGGUCCUUUUAUGGAGUCUGUGCCCAACAUGUGUGUCUGUGUGUGCGUGCGUGGGUGCGUGUGUGUUUUUGUUUGUGUUGUUACAUGUGUCUGUACAGCAGUGUAUGUGUAAAUGUUGUAGAAGAAGAGAGACGUUGUAUGUUUUAGUGUGUGUAUGUAGUGUGUAUCAGGUGUGGAAGGGGCCUCAGGUGUGUGUUGUCUGUGACCAGCCGUCAUUUACAGUGAUUCCCUACUACUGAGAGUGCCACCUGGUCACUGUGUGUGUGUGUGUGUGUGUGUGUGUGUGUGUGUGUGUGUGUACGUUGUCUGUCUGUGUAGCUAUGUCAAUAACUCAAACAUGGAAAUAUACUACAAAUCACCACUUCAAACACCUAAGUGUCUCUAUAUAAAUGAACAAUUUACAGUGAUCUGUUUGAAAUGGAAGCAUAAUGAUAUAUUUUUGUCUGUAUACUGUCACUGUUUUCUGCGGUGGACUAUAAAGUGCUGAGCUAUUUGUGCAUUCAUAUUGUAUUUUUUAAGUUAUCUCUGCUAUAACGAGUAUGUCUCAUAUUGAAUGGCGUUUUGAAAACCAAGAGCAUGUAAAACUACUCAGCUUAACUGCUGUGAAAUGAAUUUAUUUGGAGUUCAGUGUUGAAUAAAAUAUGCAAAAAUUGA